AUGGGUAUCGCUGUUGGAGCGUCGACUCUUAAGUCCGACUUGGACGCGACUAAUGCUCAAAGCCCUGAGCUAGAGCAGGUCAACUGGUGGCAAGAUCCUGGUAUGCGCAAGCUCUAUUUCUGGGCUGCCGUGCUUUGUGUCGCUUCUGCCACUACUGGAUACGAUGGAAUGAUGCUUAACACCUCCCAGAAUUUGGAUACAUGGCAAGAAUACUUCAACCAUCCCAAUGGCGCUGAGCUCGGGUUGAUGAAUGCAAUCUAUCAAAUUGGAAGUCUUGCCAGUUUCCCUUUCGUUCCCUUCAUCGCUGAUCGAUGGGGUCGCAAGAUUCCCAUCAUGAUCGGAUGUGUUUUGAUGAUUUUGGGUGGCUUGCUUGGUGCAUUCUGCACAAACUACGGAAUGUAUGUCGCCGGUCGAUUGCUCCUCGGUUUCGGCAACAGUCUAGCCCAAAUGGCAUCCCCAGUCCUACUCAGUGAAAUCUGCCACCCCCAACACCGUGGAAAGGUCACCGCUAUCUAUAACUGUUUGUGGAAUCUUGGUGCACUAGUUGUGGCAUGGAUUGCAUGGGGAACGAUGUAUAUCCCCAACGAUUGGUCAUGGCGCAGUUUGACUAUCCUUCAAAUCUUCCCUGCUGCCAUUCAGAUCGUCUUCAUCUGGUGGGUCCCGGAAUCUCCCCGUUGGCUCGUCUCAAAGGAGCGGUACGAGGAAGCAUUGGACACACUUGCCUAUUACCACGGAAAUGGAGAUAAAAAUAACGCCACCGUUCAGUUCGAGUACCGUGAGAUUAAGGAGACUAUCAGCUUGGAGAUGCGGUUCCAAAAGAACAGCAGCUACUUGGACUUCAUGAGAACUAAGGGUAACCGUUACCGUUUGGCAAUUUUGGUUUCUCUUGGAAUCAUUUCCCAAUACAGUGGCAAUGCCUUGUUCAGCAACUACACCAAUCUGAUCUACAACAGUAUGGGUAUUACUGAACAAACCAAGAAGAUUCCCCUCAAUGGUGGACAAACCCUACUCAGUCUGGUUGUCAGUGUUUCUAGUGCAUUCUUCGUUGACCGAGUCGGACGGCGACCUCUUUUCUUGAUUUCCACAGUUGGAAUGGUUCUCAUGUUCCUCGCAUGGACCGUCGUUUCCUCCGUCUACGAAAGAACCCAAGAUGUCAAGUCUGCCGGCUACCCACAAGUCGUCUUUGUCUGGCUCUUCUCUGUUUUCUACGCCAUUGCCUGGUCGGGGCUCCUCGUCGCCUACUCAAUCGAGAUCUUGCCCUACCGCCUGCGCGCCAAGGGCGUUAUGAUUAUGAACUUGACAGUGCAGGCAUCUCUGGUUCUCGGAAAUUACACCAACCCAAUUGCGUGGGAGAACCUUCCUCACCACUGGAAUCUAUCGCUGAUCUACACUAUUUGGAUUUUCAUUGAGCUUUGCUUCGUCUACUUCUUCUAUGUUGAGACCCGGGGUCCCACUCUCGAGGAGCUGGCUAAGAUCUUCGAUGGUGAUGAUGCCGCUGUGGCACAUGUUGAUCUCCAGCAGGUUGAGAAGGAGAUUGCAAUCACUGAGAAGGAAUCACCUGAGUAUAGGGAACAUGCUUGA